CGCGCUUUCGCCGCGCGGCUGGUUAGGCUUUCGCGCUGGUUAGAUUUUCGCGCACGCAUUUGGUUACCAAUAUCGCCCUCCGGGCGCGACCUUCAUAGUGAAAGAACUACUACACAAAGAAAAUGAGCCAACAGGCAAGCCUUCCCGGCAGGAAUAUUUUCACUUCCUGUCCGUCCGCCUCGUCACAGCACGAGCUAUGGCAACAUAACAAUCCACAGCCAUCCGCUCGGGGAGCAGGAGACCGCCCGAAGGCGUUGCUGGAGUCGAUGCGAGCGCUGUCAGCCCGGGCGGCCGAGCUGUACGGGGCGGAAGCUACUAAGCGAGCAAGCUAUUCCACUUGCACUGCAGCGGAGUAUGAAAAUGACGUCGUCUUUUCGGAACCUGUCCCGGAGUUUGAGCUACCGGAUGGUGAGCCAGGGUGUGGUGCGCCGAACCUGCAGCAUCAAAAGCAUCCACAACAACAGGCUUGUUCUGCUACACCAAAGCCGCAUUCCUCCAGCGAAUUUGUUGUAUCUUCUUCCUUGUCCCUAGUAGAGCACCUGCCCCCAGAUGAUGGUGGAGCUAGUGUAGCUCUUACAGCAGGUGAGUGCGACGACGACGAAAGCAGCCGUCUUUGGUAUAAUUCCUAUUCACCGCAGAAUGAAAAGCAUGAUCAUCAUCGACAGCGCAUCGAACAGCGAGGGGACGAAGCUGCUCGUCCCAGCGGCGCGGCCGAACAAAUGAACGCAGUGUCGCUGGGCUCCCAGUUUGCCUACGAGAGCGAGAUCGAGAAGUUGAAACUCGAGCUGGAAACCAAGGACUUUACCAUUAUUUCGAUCCAACGAAAUUUGGAAAACCUCGCGAUCCUGUCAAAGUCGGAGCGGGCGGAAUUGAUGGCGACGAAAAAGCUCCUGGUGAGCGAGGUGGAGAAGAACAAAACAAUUACCGAGGAGUUGCUGUCUGUAAAGGAAGCGAAUUUGGUUUUGCAGCAGAAAGUCGUGUAUCAAAUGCAAAAAUGUCAGGGUCUGGCAUGUUGCCGGGUUUGUUAUGCAUAUUUUGCAUGACCCAGGAUGUCUGCAAUACACAACCUAGCAUCACAGAUUUUUAGAGGGCUUCCUGACGCCUCCUCCGCGUGACAAAUGCCCUCCCCACGUAGCACAAACUAGACUCCUCGUCUUGCUGGUCAUGCAAUACAGAUUUUUUCAGAGUUCCAAAGUUAGCAUCACAAGUUCCAACCUUCCAGACCCAGACAUUCUUGCAUUUGAUAUCGUGCGGCUCAGAAGUGAGAUUCUCGCGGCGAACAAAAAGUGCUAAAUAAGAGCAGGACGAGCUAUGCUUCGCCCAAUUUGUAUGAUGGAAUGUAUAAUUACUAUCUGCGCUCGCUGUGCUGUUGUGAUGAUGAAAGUUUCAACAUAUCUAGAGGCAGCUUUGUAGUAGAUGGCUCAAAAAACAACUGACUCUCAUCUGUCUUGUCC